AUGCGCAAAGAAAUGCGUCUCUACCGCUGCUGGACGGCAGCGCGGGAGAUAGAAUUGGAGAUUGAUGAAAUCUCCUUCAGCUACGAAAGGGAAGCCCAAGGACCAUCGGCAGAGGCGUUGGCUGCAGAAUCCGGCGGCACCGGAUCGGGUGAGGGCGAUCGCGACCGCGAGACGAGGGAGAGUCAGCGCAAGGCUGCCAAAACGGUGAAGGCCAAGACCACCGAAGCCCUUGCGAAAACGGCACUCCAGAAUGCCAACUCCAACAUGCUGGAAAUCCGUGGCUACAGGCAAAAAGCUCUCGUGGAUGCCCUAUGCGAGAGCAUGGAGGUGCAUCAUGGCAUUAUCGAGAAAUGCACCAAAAGCUUGGAGGAGGGCAUCUCGACGGGAGCCCAGGGGCAGGACCUGGAGACGCUGGUUUUGGCUGUCGGGCAAGCCAAUGGGAUGACACCGCCUUUGCCGAUUACCUCCUCCGGUGCCUUGGAACCGGAAACCAACCGUGUCACUGUCGACCGUGAUGAAAUAAAGCAGUACUGGUCGCGAUUGUCUGCAGCGCUGGGCCGAGAUCCUGUUGGAGCUGCUGAAUGCAUGGUUCCCCUGGGUGGUCAGAUGAAACGCUACCCACUGAUGACGAUCAGAGAAUGGGUGUCAUUCGGCCUGCGGACCUGGGCUCCAGCUCUUCGUGUGAUGGCAUGGAGUUACAAUAUUCUUGUGCGGGGUGUCAACCCCACGGUCGGCUUCAAUGACUGUGCACUCAAAGGAACUAUGGCCAAGCGGGCGGGGUUCGCUGUCGAUCUCACCAGAACAUACGAACGGAGAAGCUCCGAAGAUGUGUUGCGGAAUUGCAUGGCCCAGCCGCUUCGCAAUCCUUUAACCACAGACCUUCUGGAAGGCGUCUUCCAGCCGUAUCAGAUACGGGCUUGCGCCAUGCAUGUGGUCAACCUUGGGGUACUUCAGAGCCACAGCGGCUCGGUCAUGGAUUUGCUUCUGGGUCGUAAUUUUUUCGGCAACCAUGCAGAUCUUGCGGACGCACUACAAAUUGCAACCACUCGGUUCAAGAGGUAUGCUUCUUCGCAACACAUGACCCACUCCGUCAUGCUCACGACGGGCAUUUUGACCUAUGUGUCUGGAUUCCCAAGUUUAAACUUGAAGGCCUUGAACGGUCGAGUUUUUCUAUCCUUCCUGGCCGUCUGUCUUCGCGCGGCCCUCGCUUCGAAUCCAGCCGACGUCGAGGUCAACCUCGCAGAGCAAGCUACGCGAACCUUAGUGGUAUGGUACCAACAGCAGGAGUGUUCGCCGCGACUUAUGGAGCCGGGCCCCGCAAAAUGCUUUCUUCAAACUACCAACACUUUUCUGAAACUGACGUCCGGCCUUGCAAGGCUGGCCCUGAAAACCGGCACUUUUCGAUGGAAGCUGUUACCAAAACACCAUGUGUCCAAGCCGUAA